UGAUGAUUUAAUGGAUAUGAUUUCUUUCCCUCUGGCUGAGAAAUAAAAAUUAGAAAAGCUUAUAAUUAACUCUUCUCAAAAAAGAAAAAAAAAAGUGACCUAUAAUCUUUAUUCAAUCUUGUUAAACUGAUAUAAUAUUUAUUUUUCAUUAUGGCGGAUAAAAGAGAAUCCAGCAGAGUUAAAGAUGCAAAUCAACGUAAAGUUAUGGAUGAAGCUACACGCAGACGUCGCAUUAAGAAGCAGUUAGAAGUUUUAGAACAAGAUAAUUUUCAUGACGAUCCUCAUGCAAAUUUGGUCAUGCAUAAAAAUGCACCUAAAUUUGAGGAAACUUUAGAUAAUAAAAGACGCAGAAAACUAAAAAACGAGCCAUUUAAACAGAGGCUUCGUAAAAAUUUUGCUGCAUUGUUGGAAGAUGAGGCCCAGUUUUUUACUAAAGAUAAAAUUAACUACGUAACAGCACAAGUUCCACCAUCUAAAUAUCCUGAUAGGCAUUAUUGUGCUGUAUGUGGUUUUAAAGCACCUUAUACUUGUGUUCAGUGUGGAACACGUUUCUGUAGUGUAAAAUGCCAAGGUAUUCAUCAAGAUACCCGUUGUAUGAAAUGGACAUCUUAAGUAAUUCCUUGGUUAAAAUACUGGCUUACAUUUUCUUACAUGUUUAUAAAAUAGGUUGAUCUUAUGAUGUAAAUGUUAAAAUGUGUAAAAUGUUAAGAUUGUGUAACUAACUUUACUGUAUCUCAUUUUUUUUCUUGAUUUGGCCUUCAUUUGUGUUUUUGUUUUCUUAUAGCCUUUAAAAAUAUUUCCAUAUGUGUCUGAAACAAAUGUUCUUUUAUUACUUAAAUGAUGUUGUGAUUUAUAUAUCUAAGUUUUCUUUUUUUCAUUUAUAACAUUCAUAUUCCAUUGUUAAGAAAUAUUUGUGUAUGUAUAUAUAAAUGUAUACCAUGAAACAAAUGUGUAUAUUUGCUGUAGUUAUAAUAAAACAAUUGUAACCCAA